UCGAGCCAAGUGGACGUGGAGGCCACCUCGAUCUCGGCCAGACAGGGAUUGUAUCCCCAAAAAGUGGCUUUCGCUUUCGUGACGUUUGGCGGUUUUCGGUUGGCGGUUCAUUGGGUGUUCGCUUUGGGUUUCCAUUUCAGUCCGUCUACUUUGUUGACAAAGUUAUUGCUUCUGGGCUUAAUGACUUCGUAAUUGAUUUGCAUUCGAUGUGCCACAUUGAUUGGCAAUUGAAACGUAAGGCAGUAAGCCUCUACCACUCCAAGACCCACUUCAUUCCAGUAACCACUCAUUGUCGCCGUUGCUAAUCAAGGUUAUCAAGGAUAAACUGGCUGUCACCAUGUCGCUGUCUGUGGCCAGCCGUCGUCGCCUCCAGACGACGAACGCUCCCUCGUCCACCGCGAACAUAUCCUCAUCCUCAUCCUCUUCCGGUGGUCGCUACCAAUUGCCACUGUCCGUGCGGAAGCAGCACUCCUUCAUCGAACCGACGGCCAGAUUCUCGGCCCAACAGAGGGGCUACCUCUCCAGAGGACUCUCCGUUGGCCGAUCCAUCGAGAACAUCCGUCAGAAGCUGUAUCCCGUGGGCAGGCAGACAUCGCUGGCCGUUGAGGAGGUCACUCCGAGGAUUGCCCCCCGCAUCACCGCCUCACAGGUCCAGGGUUUAAGGCUGAGGGAUAAGAGCCUGGUGGCCUGGUCUUCCACUUCAUCAUUGCUAAAGGACCAGGAAGCGGAAAGGACUACGCAGGCUGAACCCGCUGAGGCCAAGAUCAGCGCCAAGGCGGACAAGAAUCGGAUUAACUUGAAUAUCGUCCUGUCGCAGACGAUAAGGGCCACCAACGAGCAGGAAGUGGAGCCGGAAGCGGAGCACAUUAGCGACAUCGAGGGCAGUCAUCCGGUGGAGACUCCGGACAUCCCGUUGAGCAUCUCGCCGGCAUUGACCAUCCAGAGGCGUCCGCCGCUGGUGCGUGCUAUGUCCGCUCCGGUCCGCGGAUUGGACGAGAGCAGCAAGGGCGUCAUUGCCGCCAGCAAGCGCAGCCAGCAGAAGCUGCGGCGCCGCAAAAUCUUCACGAGAACGCCCUCGUCCUCGGUGGUGUCCGUGCCCCUGGAUGUCAUCGGGGAUACCUCGUCCUCCUCCUCCUCCUCCGCCGCCGCCGUCGGCAACGGAAAUGCCUCUAAAAAAUCUCUGAACCGGGCACGCAGCGUCGUUGCCCCCGAUGUCAUUACCCUGGUGUCGCUGCUGAGUUCCGAGGGCAGCGACUCCGAGCGCGAGGACAACAGCUCCACGGCGGUAUCGUCGCCACCUAUUGGCGGUCCUGACAAGCCGCCGUCGGGCGUAGCGCAGCGAAGGGCGCCGCUGCUGAGGAAGACGGGCAAAUCGGUCUCGUUUCAAGACAGCUAUCCGCCCACCUUCCAACUGGCCUCCAAGGAGUACUCUCACAUGAUACGCCGUGGAUCGAUAGCACCUCUGGCAGCCCGAAUCCGCGCCAAUCGACCGCCGACAGCGCCGCCCGUCUCCAUUUUCCUCACCGAAGUCCAGGGCAAAAUGGACCAGCCACCGAAGAAGGAUGAGCUGCCCGCUGUUACCAUGUCGCCGGAUGAGGCCAAGAAGGAGAACAACAACAAUGCGGCCAACUGUGAGGAUCAAGUGCAACAGCCGGAUCACAAUUAUCCGGCAUAUGUGCGCAGCCUGAAGGAGCGCGAGUGCUGGAAGUUGCACCAGAAGAUGGGGGCCAAGGGGGUUAGUGUGAGCUAUGAAACGGUAUUGAGGGGCAUGCUCACACCCACCGAGUUCAGGCACUUCCAAAAGCAGCGGGAACAGGAGGAGGCCCGUGUCCUGGAGGAGGCGGAAGCAGCCGAGGCAGCAGCUGCAGCCGCAAUCCUCGAGAGCGGUGAAAAGGAGGCCCGAAAGCCGCCAGUCACGGCCAUUGAACGGCUCUCGGAAGCUCUGUUGCAGAGCAAAUAGAAUGAUUUCCGGUUAGAAACCAAGUUCCACGAUUGUGGAACCCGACCAUUAAAUUGCAUUUGCCCCUAGAGGAUGUAGCAGUAGUCGAGCACUCGUUAAAACGCGAUCGCACCCCGCUGAGACACCAUAUCGGCGUCCACCCGUAGUUCUAGAUGGUACCCCUAAACCGUAGACCCCCUAAGAAUCCAUAUGUAUUUUAUGGCGGGACUCAAGCUUAAGUGGACGCUGAGCCUGGCCAAUAAUCGCAACAGCAUCAGAAUGUAGAUUCUUAACAAUAAAGA